AUGCCGUUUCCCAUGCGGCGGGCCUCGAUCUCCCAGGCACUGAUCGAUAUGCCUAAGCCCUACCAGGGCGAGCCUCAGCGCUACCGUCUCACGGCAAAUCAGCCAAUUCCUCCUCCCAGAAAGCGAAUGAGCUUCUGGUUCCGCACCCGUUGGGUCAGAACUCUCAGCCGCCCAGUCCACCGCGACACUGUAAACCUUCUUCAUGCUGAAGUAAAACCGCCCCCGCUAGUCGUCAGGCUCCCUCUGAAAAUGCUUCGCUUCCUUCCAGAGGCGGCUACCAUCUGGGCCCAGAAGCAUUUCCCCGAAUGGUUUCUCCCAUCCACUCUGAUCGUGAAAUGCCGGAACCGAAAUGACCCGGAGCGCGUCAACUGGCUACCAGCUGAUCACGAGCCCCCCUUCAUGACUAAAUUCGAUACCGAGAUCAUGGCCUACAGCCAACUGAAGGAUCUCCAAGGUAUCGCGAUCCCGAAAUUCCUGGGACGGACCAUCUGCCGCGGCAAGCAUGCCAUGCUUCUCCAGGAUGUUCCCGGCGCGUACCUCUCGAAUCCCGAUGGCGCGACGCUAACCUACGACGAGAUGAGAGACCUCCUGGAGCGGUGCUACUAUGAGCUGGCCGAGUUCUCGGCAGUCCAGACCAACCCCAGCACCCGGAACUUUGUCCUUUCGCCUGAUCGACGGCGCCUCAUGAUGGUGGACCUGGAGCACCUGGUCAUGGACCACCCGGACCUGAUUCUCCUUGAUUUCGACUCCGUCUGUGCCCAGGGUGGAGUGGCACGCAAAUAUGUCGGCCUGCAGAAAUACUAUCGGGAGGAAGGCUACCUUGAGCCCGCUUGA